UUAUAUGUGAAUUUUAUAUUAAUCAAACAAAUCUCCUAAUCGUUUUAUUCUCAUCUUUUGUCAAUUAAAUAUCAUCGACUUAAUUAAUUUUUAUUAACUGUACGUCCUGACUUUUAAAAGAAAUAAAUUAAUCUCGAAAUUGGUGCAUAUAAUAACGAUUGAGGGUAAAGGAAAGAGAGUGGAAAAGAUAAUAAAAAGAAAAUAAAUAAAUAAAUAAAUAAAUAAAAGCGUGGGAUAAAAAAGGUUUGAAAGUUUGAAAAUAAUUAUUCGACAUGUAUACGAACUUUCAUCAAAAAUGGAACGCGAUGAGGAUCCCACGUCGAUUGGAGUCACCAAAAAUGGCAAAGAUCGUAAAAGAAAAGUCACCAUCGCCGGAACGAACGGAAACAUCGUCAAUGAUUUAUCUGUUGAUGAAAUCAUCGAUGAACAAACAAAAGAUACAAAAGGAGGAAUCACGUCGGGGUCAUUAUAAAAUAUUUGGUGAUCUUUCAAAAUUAUCAUGCAUUAAACGAACUGAUUCUAAUGAUUAUAAAACGAAAGUUAAGCAGGAGGAUACGUUCGAGAUUUACGACGAUAAAAUAAAGUCGAAUAAUAUCGAUAUUGAUACGUUCACUGAUUCGAAAAAUAAUGUGUUAUUGUCCAAAGAGAAUGUUGAUUGUUUUAUUAAGAAGGAGAUCAAAGUUGAGAAUGAUUUAUACGAGGAUGUUUCCGUUAAUGACAAUACUUCGAUCGAUGACCCUUGUCGAUUAAUCCAAACGAAUAACGAUCAAAAAUGUUCGUCUAUGUUAUAUUCAUCGGUUGAUGAUUCCAAUGAUGAUGAUGAUGAUGAUAAUGAUGAUGAUGAUGAUGAUGAUGAUGUUUUUACUAAAAAGAAAUCAGAAUCGAUGAUUGAUCCUCGUCGAUCAAUACAAAAGAAUAAUCGAAAACGUUCGUAUGUUUCGUCUUCGUUGUCUGAGUCUCCUAUCGAAAAAAAAUGGCGACCAAAUUCAAAGAAAGAUAUCAAAUCAAAAAUAAAGUCAUCUACACCGAAGAGGAUCAUACAAUCUUCUAUGUCGGACAUGAAUGAGCUCAUGCGAAUUACUAAAGCUUUUCAAAAUCGAAGGGAGAAACGUGUACCUGUCAUUUAUGAUAGGGCUAGACCAGAUGUACCCUUUCCACCGUCGCACAAGCUGACAGUGGCUGAGGUCUUCGAUUCGGGAACGGAUCGGCCGAGACCGGAAGUUCUUAAGCAACACUUCACUCUCGAAGGUAGAAUCGACGAAGCUGCGGCCCUUCGUAUAGUCAAUGAUGGUGCCGCCAUUUUACGCUCGGAAAAGACAAUGAUCGAUAUCGAAGCACCUGUAACCGUAUGCGGAGACAUUCAUGGACAGUUCUACGACCUGAUGAAGUUAUUCGAGGUGGGUGGUCCACCCUCUUCGACAAAGUAUCUCUUCCUUGGUGACUACGUAGACAGGGGUUAUUUCAGUAUCGAGUGCGUGUUGUACCUGUGGGCACUGAAACUGUGCCAUCCCACCACACUCUUCCUUCUCAGAGGUAACCACGAGUGUCGUCAUCUCACGGAAUACUUCACAUUUAAACAAGAAUGUAAAAUAAAGUAUUCAGAAAGGGUAUACGAUGCGUGUAUGGAUGCGUUCGAUUGUUUACCAUUGGCAGCCCUCAUGAAUCAACAGUUUCUUUGUGUCCACGGUGGUCUGUCGCCGGAAAUACACAAUUUGGACGACAUACGUAAGUUGGACAGGUUCAAAGAGCCACCAGCGUUCGGACCAAUGUGCGAUCUUCUAUGGUCGGAUCCAUUGGAAGAUUUUGGCAAUGAGAAGAAUGCUGAACAUUUUUCUCACAACAGCGUCAGAGGUUGUUCAUACUUUUACAGUUACGCCGCGUGUUGCGACUUCCUGCAGACCAAUAAUCUGCUCAGCAUCAUAAGAGCGCAUGAGGCACAGGACGCGGGAUAUCGUAUGUAUCGAAAAUCUCAAACGACGGGCUUCCCAUCGCUAAUAACCAUCUUUAGUGCGCCUAAUUAUCUCGACGUUUACAACAACAAGGCAGCCGUAUUGAAAUACGAAAAUAACGUAAUGAACAUCAGGCAAUUCAACUGUUCGCCUCAUCCAUAUUGGCUACCCAACUUUAUGGACGUUUUUACGUGGUCUUUACCGUUCGUUGGUGAAAAAGUCACAGAGAUGCUAGUGAACGUACUGAACAUAUGCUCGGACGAUGAAUUGAUGAGCGACGGCGAUGAAGGCCUCGAGGAAGUCGCAGCCAAAGUCGUUGUCCAAAAAAAGAAUGGUGCAGCAGCAAAUCUACGCAAGGAGGUUAUAAGAAACAAGAUCAGAGCCAUCGGCAAAAUGGCGCGUGUUUUCUCCGUCCUGAGGGAGGAGAGCGAAAGCGUGCUACAAUUGAAAGGUCUCACACCUACCGGAGCUUUACCACUUGGCGCGUUAUCUGGUGGAAAGACGUCCUUGAAAAAUGCUCUCCAAGGGUUCUCACCGAAUCACAAGAUCACCUCAUUCGCUGAAGCGAAGGGUUUAGAUGCCAUAAACGAGAGGAUGCCACCGAGAAAGGACGCCCCACCAACGCCCGUGAACGAGGAAAAGCCGGUGAUAAAGCCGUCGACUCCUGUUGGAGACAAGCGAGACCACAGCACACCGCAACCGCAAUCGUGAGCCUCACACAUGUCCAAUCAAGACGGCGAGGAUGGGCCUUAAGUCCCAAAUGCUGUCAUCGCCACCGCCGCCACCAUCACCGCCACCACCGCCACUACCAUCACCACCACCACCUCCACUACCACCACUACCACCACCACCACCACUACUACUACAAUUACUACCACCACCACCAUCACCAUCACCACCACCACCACUACAACCACCACAUAAGAUACAAAACAUUACUUGUCCAACACGGCUGUUAUCACAGUUGCGCCAAGUUCAUCGAGCGCAGAAGUCGUCGUCACAGACGCAAGAAGGAAAAGGAAGUGGAGGAGGUGGAGGAGGAGAAGGUAGAGGAGGAAAAAGAGAAGGAAGAGGAGGAGGAGGAGGAGGAGGAGGAGGAGGUUGAACAAGUUCGAAAAAAAGGAGAGAAAAUGGUGAAGAAGGGAAAUCGUCGUCGUCAUCGUCGACAUCGUCGUCAUUAUUCGUCGUCAUUAUUCGUCGUCAUUGUCGUCAUAUGACAAAGAAAGGAUACCAAAUAGAAGAAUAAAGAAACAAGAACAAGAAAAAGAAGCAAAAAAAAAAAAAGAAAAAGAAGAAAAAUGAUGAAAAA